AUGUCGGUCGACGAGACUAGGGGAGUCUUGCCGAAUGCGUCAGGAAGACUUGAAAUGCUGGAGGAGCACAGCAGAACCACCACCCUUUUACAGAAGCUCACCUAUCUCCGGCUCGCUAUCGUCCAAGCCCCUUCAUAUAUCUCCACGACCCAAGAGACGGUCAACACCUAUCCGGAGCUCAUGGAUGACCUGGGGAUGAAUUGCCACCCUUUCUUCAUCUUGUUUGAACAAAUCCGCCGACAUCACCGGCGAGAGGCAGAGUUUCUUAGUGCUGUGGCCUGUCUUCACGAAAAGGACGUUCCAUUGUCUCUGCUGCCAGAACUUAGCUCGAAGAAAGCGAUGGUCGACGCCAUCGCUACACUGAAUGGAUAUUCGUUUGUGACGAGCCGGUCAAUGGGCGGAAUAGGGAGUCAUUCCGAACCAUUACAUGAUAUUCAUCGGCUGGUGCACAUCGCUGCUCGAAAAUGGCUGAAAGGGAAUUGCACACUUCCUGGUUUGAUGAAAGCGUUUGCCAUGAUGGUUGCAUGGAGGGAACCUGAACUAGGAUACCUCUCGUAUUGUAACCUUGGAUGGGCGCGCUUUCGGUAA